GUACACGCGUGCGCGAAUACUUCACGGCACGUUGCAUGAUGCACCGUCGCCUGGAUGUUAGAAUGCACUGGUUACAUAAAGUAGGCGCCGUCUUAUUUACCCAGAAGGUCGGACAAGGCUUAUCUUAUCGGACACUCUCGGUAGAUGGCAUCCAGCACAAUUAGCAAAGCACUUGCAUUCUCACACGCCAGUACUUCCUCUACCCGCAAAACGUCACGAGCAGCCCCUUAGAGAAAAUAAUAAAUUGUGCUUCUACCCUGGACAGCGUAAUGAGUGUUACAUCAGAGCCCAGCAAUACCAUGGCAACGACCAACACCGUAACGAAUGAAGAGCAGAGCAACGAACACUCGCUGCGCACGAAGAUGGACCGCAUCUUCAACUCCUCCACAACGACUGGCCCUGUACCUGUACACUACUCCAUCGAAAUAGCCGCCAAGGAUGAUUUCGACAUUGGCCAGCUGGAGCGAUUAACGCCUCAACCCGUCUUCUGUGCGCUGCCCUGGGUUUCGGACGAUAAUCUUCGCUACGCGGACGAUUUUCUCCGCUCAUCGACGCUUCAGUUGACGGCACGGCUUCGCGAAAACCAGUACACCGUCUUGAACAACGUUUCCUGCUACAACAUAACUGAACAGCAGGUGGACCAACUUCUCCGCUCUACCGGCAUUCGGAACCUGUUCGUCAUCCGGGGUGAUACCGUCAGUCCGGGCCAGCAAUUUCAAAACUCCGCCGGUUUGGUGCAGCAUCUGAGGAAAUGGCAGGAGCAGCAGCCGGACCACCGCCAGCUUACAAUCGCUGUUGGAGGUUAUCCUUACGGUCAUUACCAGUCAUCUUCGCAGACCGAGGAAUUACACUAUCUGCAAGCAAAGAUUAGCCAAGGUGCUGAUUUUCUGCUCACGCAAACGCUUUACGAUGCGCCAUCCUUCCUGCGCUACAGGGACCGUUGCAGGGAGGCAGGAAUCACCAUUCCCAUUAUACCGGGCAUCUACGUUCCGCACUCCUAUCGGCAUCUGCAAGCCCUUCUGAACCUUACGCGCAUCGAGCUGGGACCGACGGUACGGGACGCGUUCGAGGCACACGCGCACGAUGCGCCGGAUCAGUUUCAAGCGUUUAUGGUGGAGUAUUUCGUGGGGGUUGUGCGAGAACUGCUGCAACCGAACGCUACCACCUCGAGUGAUCCGAUAAAGUUGGUGCAUUUUUUCACCUUCAAUAAGUUCCAGCUGCUGCAGCAAGUGCUUGAAAAGUUGGAUGCGUUUUUCAAAUGAAGUUUCUCCAAACGUCGGGAAGAUGAUCUGCAAGAUGAACAAGAGACGGGGAUUUAGCGUGUGCCAAAGAUGCCUGAGCAAUAAAACGUUCGAUGCAUUGUGAUAA